AUGCGGGUCCUACAGACCAACCUCAACCUCGCGGCUUGGGCUCAGGAUCUGCUCAUCCAGACAAUGUCCGAGCUGCGGGUGGGGUUGCCCGUCGCCGCGGAGCCGUAUCGCGUCCCCAACCGCCCAGACGAUUUGGGUUCCGUGGCGAUACUAAGCAGUGAGGCCGUGCCGUUUAGCGUUUUAGCUAAGGGGCGCGGCUAUGUCGCGGCGUGCUAUGGCGGCCUGGCUGUGGUGGGCGUUUACGCCCUGCCCAGCCUGUCCCACGCGUCCUUUGAGACUUUGUUGGACCGUAUCCGGGACUGUGUGCAAUCGCACUGCCGGGCUCGGCCAACUUUGGACCUGGAGGACUUCAACUCAAAAGCCACGGCUUGCGGUUGUCCCGGGACCGACGCGAGGGGUGACACAGUGCUGGAGUGGGCGGCGGGACUGGACCUCUGGUUGCUCAACCGGGGAUCCGUUAACACGUUCUCAGGGCGGUGGGGAGGGUCCAUAGUGGACAUCUCCUGGGCAUCGCCCGCCGCCGCGGGAAUCGUGUCGGGGUGGAGGGUGGCGGAGGAGGUGGAAACGCUUAGCGACCACCUCUACAUCCUUUUCGAUAUCUCCGCCGACCAGCACGGCCGCCCCGCCCGCCGCCCUGCGGGGCGACAGCCGUCACGCCGGUGGGAGUUGGGCCGCCUAGACGAGGACGCGCUGAUGGCUGCAGCCCUCGCCAUGUCCUGGGCGGAAACACAGCCCGAACCGGUCGACGAUGUCGAGGCGGAGGAGAAGUGA